UCCGGAGACGGCAUUCUGGUCCGACAACUUCUCGACAGCCAAUACGGAUCCACGACGGACCGGAACCGAGGGAAAAAAAGAAAAUACGAAUUUGGUUUCCCUGUAGGUCAAAACGUUACCUGGCACCUGCAACAGAGGAACUUUUUUUUUUUGGAGGAGAAAGGGUGUCAACAUCCACAGCAAUGGCUAUGUCGCAGUACCUGGACGACUCUCCUCUGAGGUUGGGUCCGAAACCCACCGGGGUCGAGGACCUGAACCUGCUGGAGGUGUACAACGAGAGACACCGGCUGGCGUUGGAGGAGCUGCUGUCGGGAGGGCUCGACAACUUCCUGGACUUCCUCGGGAAAGAGAGGAUCCCCAACUUUCUGUCGGACGACGAGAUGCAGCGGAUCAGGAGCGCCGCCGUGCCCCCGCGCUGCGUGUCCUUCCACGGGGAGGACCAGGCGCUGGAGCAGUCGCUCGGCAGCUCCAUGGACUGCUCCACCGUCACCUACUUCCCCGAGGUGUCGGACGUGGAGCCGCCGGUGCUGGAGAUCGGCUGGCCCGGCUUCACCGCCGGCUCGUACCGGGGCGUCACGCGGGCCGUGGCCCACUUCCAGCCCAGCUACGGGGACUGCAUAUACAGCUGCAAGGAGGCGGCGAGGCGAAUGAUUAAAAGUGCCACAGAGGUGAUUGCCAUAGUUACAGACUCCCUGACAGACCUGGAUAUCUUUAAGGAUCUUAAGGAGGCGUGCUCCCUCCGCAAAGUCCCCGUCUACAUCCUGCUGGACCAAUCGUGUGCUCCUGCUUUCCUCAAGAUGUGCAAAAAUGUCGGUGUUCGCCUGGAUGACCUUCGGCAAAUGAGAGUGCGAACCAUAACUGGUACAACCUAUUACAUGAGAUCUGGAGCGAGGAUCACUGGAGAAGUUCAUGAGAGGUUCAUGCUGAUUGAUGGGAACAGAGUGGCUACAGGUUCCUACAGGUACAACUGGACUGACGGCAAACUAAACAGCAGCAACCUAAUCGAGCUUUCUGGUCAGAUAACGGAGAAAUUUGACGAGGAAUUCCGCAUCCUCUACGCCCAGUCGUUACCGAUGAACACUCGAGGGCCUCCGAGUGUCCGAAACAGCGGCAUCUACGAGCAUCUCCUCAUCAAACACUCGGUCGCCUCUUCCCCUCACCUGACCAGCACACCCAGCCGUAAGCCCCUGAACUUAGCUGUCCCGCCCCCUUGCGAACCCUCCACUCCCGAUCAUCCUAAAACCGGCCUAGCGUCCGACUCCUCCACCAUAGGUGAGGACUGGACGGAGCAGCAGGACAUGCAGGAGGAUAUCCUGGCCGGCAGCACCACGCAACGUUUUCCCGCAGAUCAGCUAGCGGAGAAAGAGCCAGCGACCGUCUCCUGCCACGCCGCCACUCAGACCAGCCGGUCGGUGACGGACAGCGACACUCAAACUGACCUCCAGCUCACACAAUGCCCCGACCUUAUCGCACCAAAGAGUACAGCGCUAAACCAGGCCACCUCUCCCUCCUUUACCUCUCCCAGACAGAGCUCGCCCACCCAGGCAGCUCCAGACGGCACCUUGAAGGACUCCUUCCACAAGUUAACCAAAGAGCGCCAUUACCACUACUCAACCAUCCGCUCCAAGCUGGAGCACAUGGUGACCGCCCUGUCCCAGAGGCAAGAGCUAGCGGACGUCACCAACAUGACUCACGGGCCUGGCUAUCACAGCAGGCAGAGGGUGCACAGAAACUGUGAGCAGGAACCAAACCCCAGACUGCUUGUUGAAAGUGCGGGCAUGGGCACGUGGCCAAGAACCAGAUGUAUACACUAGUCUGUCUUCAGGGAUUUUCGGAGAUGGAGGGUCGUGGGAGAAGGAUCUUCUGUUUCAUAUAAACGGUUUAGGCUUGUGCGGUAGAAUUCUAGCUUUCUUCUAUUUGUCUUAUUUUUUCGAGUAAUGGUAAGGGCAGUAUCUUAAUCAACACUUUUUUUUUUUUUGUCCAAGGACACGUGCAAUAUUCACUGUUUGUCCGUGUCAGUUUAAGGAAAAUGAUUUGCUGAGCCGGUUCCAACUGGAAAAUAUCUGCUGCAGUGUGAGUGAAAAUGCACUGAAGCUCUUUUUUUGGAUAAUUUAAUCACAUUUGUGCGAUAACUGCAUCCGAACAACAUACAAGAGAGCAGCUGUCUCUCACUGUGCUUUCUUAAUAAACAGUAGUAUUUGG